AUGAAAAAACGUUUCUAUGAAACUACCACUGUACUUAUUGCAAGUAAAGGAAAAAAUAAUCAGUUGUUUACAAAUGAUCAAUAUUUGUCUUUAAUUUUAAAAUCAAAAGAAUCAAAGAACAAGAUUACUAAGAAAACACCAGAAGAUUACCAGCGCUUAGCAAGAUACGAUGUCGUUAAAAUUGGAGCAUCAGAAAAACUAAUUAUUCCGAAAAAAUCUGAUAAAGAGACCGAAAACCAAGGAAAUACUACAGAUCCGUCAAAAAUAACGCAAAGUGACCAAGAAAUAGUAAUUGCUCUCGAUAAAAAGAAACAAGAUAUAGGAAACAUCAGAAAAUUAGUUGGACAAUCUCUGAAAAAGCAAGCAGAUAAAAUGUUAGCUCUAUCUUCGGUAAAAUAUCCUGCUGCUAAUACAGGCGAUAAUGUAGUGGUAAAAAUUCCUGAUGUAGACCGCGCCAAAGCCGAUGAUAGAAACAUUAUGGCUGUUAUAAUUUCUCAGGAGACAAAAGGAAUGUGUAAGUUAGGCACUGAGCAUGGGAUUCAACUUUACGCAAGGAAUCAAUUCAUCAGUUUAUUACAGUUGAUAUUGUUCCCCAACAUGAAGUUACCAUCAGAGAAUGUGCAAAAAAAAGAGUCACAUCUUGGCGGCCAAGGAUUUCUGCAUUGGAAUUGUACUUGA